ACCACAACCCGACGACCUGCACCGCCACCUCCAGCUCCAACCACUCGACCAGCUCCUUCCACAACUAGAGCUCCUCCUGCAACGACAACAACUCGCGCACCAGUACGUAGCAGCUCUCCCAAGCGCGGCACGAUGUCAAGCAAUAAUCCAAGAUCCGCUAGUAUCGGCCGAAGAGAUGUGGAGAGAGAAACUAGUCGUUUCUACAGAAGGACCAUGGACGGGACAUGCAACAAUCUCCAGCAUCCAUUGAGAGGAGCCGCCUAUCGCCCUUAUACUCGUCUUUUGCCAACUGUUUAUGACAAUGGCCUCUCGGAACCAGUCGGAUCAAUGAACCCCCAACUGCGCCCAUCUCCUCGAGCAAUCACUCGACAUCUCACGUCCUCUCAUGCCUCGGUUGUCUCUGAGGACUACAACGCUAUGGUUAUGCAGUUCGGACAGUUCAUUUCACAUGACAUGGCAAAGACCACAUUGGUACCGUCCGCCAAGUGCAACGUCUGUCAGAACAUCACAAGUCGUUGUAUGGCGGUGUCGAUCGCAAGCGACGACCCAAACGCU